CAGGGACACGCUCGCGGAUUGCGGAGCGGGCGGCGCCGGCUGAGGAGGUCGGAGGUCUUUCCCCCUCCCCGGGAUGUGGAAGCUGAUGUCAGCGGCAGGGCCCGCGCCCGCCCCAGCAGAGCCAUAUCGACUUUUGGUUGGUACUGAGUAUGUUGUUGGACGCAAGAACUGCGCAAUUUUAAUUCAGGAUGAUCAGUCAAUCAGUCGAAGUCAUGCAGUUCUGACAGUCACCCACCCUGAAACUAACCUUAGUCAAGCUCUCUCAGUCCCUGAAUUGAUAAUACAAGACACCUCGAAGUAUGGUACCUUUGUUAAUGGAGAAAAAGUUUUGAAUGGUACUUCCAGAACUCUGAAGUCUGGUGAUAGAGUCAAUUUUGGAGUCUUUGAAAGCAAGUUCAGAGUAGAAUAUGAACCUUUGAUUGUCUGCUCCUCGUGUUUAGAAGUUUCUGGGAAAACUGCUUUAAAUCAAGCUAUUCUGCAGCUUGGAGGCCUUGUUGUGAAUGAUUGGUCAGAAGAAUGUACUCAUCUUGUCAUGAUAUCAGUGAAAGUUACUGUUAAGACUAUAUGUGCUUUGAUUUGCAAUCGACCAAUUAUAAAGCCAGAGUACUUUGUGGAAUGUAUCAGAGCCAUUCAAUCCAAGCAGCAGUUGCCAAAACUGGAAAGUUUUUAUCCUCCAGUUGAUGAGCCUGGUAUUGGCCCUGAAAAAUUGGAUCUGUCUAUGCGUCAUGAAAGAAAAAUUAUCUUCAGAGGCAAAACCUUUCUGUUCCUAAGUGCUAAACAGCAUAAGAAACUGAGUCCAGCAAUUAUUCUUGGAGGGGGAGAAGCAAAACUGUUGCCAGAGAGAAUAAAAGAAACUUCUUUACUGUUAGCUCCUGAAGUUUGUGUCAUUGAUGCAGGAUUAACUAACUCGCAGGUCCCAAUGUCUGACUCAGUGAGAAAUUGGAUUGAUUCCAUUAUCGCCGUGUUACAAAGCAAGAAUCUCAGAGCCAUUCCAGAAGCAGAAAUUGGAUUAGCAGUUAUCUUCAUGUCUAUGGAAAGAUAUUGCAACCCUCAAAACCAGCCUGGCAUAGCCAAACAGCUGGUUAGUCCAGGAUCAGCUAUUCUGCAUCCAACCCUUUCUCAGAGUUCGACUGUAGAUGAGACCAUAAUGCCUGUUACUACAAGUGAUAGAGCAUAUGUAGCUGACACAGAACCAGAAGAACCAUGUAUGGAGAUAAGCGGAGAGGAGACAGAGAAAACUCCCAAAAUGGAUCGAAGAGACAAAAUGUAUUCACAGAAUAUAACCAGUGUAAAGGAGACUCCCAGCACUAGUGGCAGUGUAAAUACAGGGACGGUAUUACCCAGGAUGCAUAGAACGCUUGUGGUUGACCAAAAAAGUCAACCCCUCUCACCCUCUAAAAUUUUAGGAGUUAAUAGAAAUAGAGAGAGAGCUUCACAGCAAGAGUCUAACUCCAUUAAACAUUAUUUCCAGGCAGCUCCAAAGAAAAGGGAAAGGAUUGAAGAGGGAGAAACAUCUGUACCUAAACUGGCAAAGAUGGAGGAAAAAUCAUCUCCUCUUUCCAGUCAAACCCAACCCACAACUUCCUUGAUGUGGAAAAGUAAAGUGGAACAGACUCAAAAGGAACAAUAUACCUUGGACCUGAAAACAAACCUUUCGCCUGUAGAUACAAGCCUAAAGCUUGCAAUAGAAAGUAGCAAAUCAGAGAAAGAUAAAACUGUUACUAAAAAUGUUUCCAGUGAAAAGCCUGCAUCAAAGAAGAGAAAAGAGUUAGGUGAUUUAGUUGAGGAUGCAGCUACACUAGAGCUUGUGUUUGGGAGCAAAGAGCUGGAUUGGGAAGCUGAAAUGGGGGAUUGUGGUGAGGAGCAUGGAACCAAUAUGCAGAAAAAAAGACGUUUGGAAACGAAGGGGGAAAGGAUUGAAGAAGAAAAUGUAAUUCAAGAAGAAGCCAAUAGGAUAUUGCAGGAAAAUGAACUUGGCGCUGUUCCAACUUCAAAGAAGAAAAUUGAGAUUAAGCAAGAAUCAUCAGUUUUGAACACUGACGGACUUCAAGAUGUCUCCAGCAAUCUGCCCAGCAGACUCUUGUUGACUGAAUUUAGAUCACUGGUUGUUAGCCAUCCAAGGCCAAAUAGUCUUGUUGCUGCACAAAUCAAUUAUAAGCAACUGAACAACUUUAAGAAAUUCAAAAAGGUACCUUAUCCUGGAGCAGGACAACUUCCACACAUUAUUGGAGGAUCAGAUCUGAUAGGUCACCAUGCCAAAAAGAAUUCACAGUUGGAAGAAUGGUUAAGGCAGGAAAUGGAGGAACAGAAUCGGCAUGCAAGAGAGGAAUCACUUGCUGAUGAUCUCUUUAGAUAUGAUCCUAAUGUGAAAAGGAGAAGAUAAAUUCUCUUGAAUUUACAAUGAACCUACAGCAAAAUCAUCUUGACACCAUGGUUGCUGCUUCCAGUGUACAAUAUGUAUAGGAGGUUUAAAUUCUCUUGUUAUAACAAUUGUUUUAAGUCCUGCUUUUAUUAAAGGAAAAC